CUUCCUGCAAAGAGCUUUGCUGCUACUCUUCCUGAAUAAUCCAGCCCAGAGAAGAUGGAGCCAAACCAUCUGAUGUCCUGUCCCCAGGAUGUGGUGACUUUCCUCGACGUGGCUGUGAGCUUCUCACCAGAGGAGUGGUCAUACCUGGACCCCUCUCAGAGGAUGCUCUACAGAGAUGUGAUGCUGGAGACAUACAGGCAUCUUCAGGCUGUAGAAUGCAGACAACUGGUUCAGGAUUCGGCCUUUCAGCAAUAUACUUGUGGAACAGGACCUCCAAAUUGGAGUGAAACGGGAAGCAGCCAGCCCCAGCGGGACGGGAAUGAUCCUGUGCUGUGGGACACAGUCUCGACAGAACUCGCCUACUCUCACUUUGAUAGUAGUGAGGACUCGGGAGGCAUGUAUUCAAGCGGGGUCCAGAUUCAAGAGAGUGUCCUCUUCUCGGAGCCACCAACCGGUGGACACAGCACCCUAGUCUCUGCGCCACUCAAUUCCUGGCAAAAGACCACUUUGCUUGGACCACCCUGGGUUGAGCAAGCUGCAGUGUUUGCUUCAAGCCCUUCACAGCAACACACUACCAAGCACCUUCUUCAUGGAUUGGUGCCACCCAAGUGUAAGCAAUGUGUGGGUGACUUCCCGUGUGCUCAGCACCUUGAUACACCCUCGGACACCUCCAGGGCACAGGAUCCCUCUGACUGUCAGCAAGAUGGAAAUGCUCUGAGACAACUGUCACCACUGAGUGACCCUAAGGAAGUCCAGACACGAAAGAAACAGUUUACAUGUCAGGUCUACGGGAAGGCCAUAGCUGGAUCCUCAAACUUUACAAGGCCCACGAGUAUUCAUAAGGUAAAGAAGCCUUAUGCAUGUCAGCAAUGUGGGAAGGCCUUCACUCGACCCAUACAACUUUCAGAGCACAUGAAUGUUCAUACCGGAGAGAGGAGUUAUAGGUGUCCAGUGUGUGGGAAAGCUUUCACUCAGUCCGCCUACCUUAAGAGGCACAUGAAUAUUCAUACGGCAGAGGAGAAGCCUUAUUCAUGCGAGAGGUGUGGGAAGGCCUUUACUCAAUCCUCCAACUUUAUUAAGCACAUGCAUAUUCAUACAGGAGAGAAGCCUUAUUCCUGUCUGGAGUGUGGCAAAGCUUUCGCUCUCUCCUCCUACCUUAGGAGUCACAUGAAAAUUCACGCUGGCACAAAGAAGCCUUGUCAGGUGUGUGGGAAGACCUUUAUUCAUUCCUCAAACCUGAAAAAGCAUAUGACUAUUCAUACUGGAGAGAAGCCUUAUACAUGUCACGAAUGUGGCAAAGCUUUCGCUCAGUCCUCAAACCUUACUGUCCAUAUGAGAGUUCACACUGGCGAGAAGCCGUAUUUGUGUCAGGAGUGUGGGAAGGCCUUCACUCAGUUUUCAAGCCUUAGUAGCCACUUGAACAUUCAUACUGGAGAGAAGCCUUUUGCAUGUCAGGAGUGUGGGAAGGCCUUCACUCUGUCAGUAUACCUUAUCAGCCACAUGAAUAUUCAUACGAGAGAGAGGAGUUAUAAGUGUCAGGUGUGUGGGAAGGUCUUUACUCAAUCCUCAAACCUUAAUAUGCACUUGAAGAUUCAUACUGGAGAGAAACCUUAUUCGUGUCAGGAGUGUGGGAAGUCCUUUAAUCAAUCUGCCUACUUUAAAAAGCACAUGAGCAUUCAUACGGGUGAGAAACCUUUUUUAUGUCAGAAAUGUGGGAAGGCCUUUGCUGUCUCGAAAUACCUCAGGAGGCACAUGAAGACGCAUAGUGGAGAGAAGCCUUAUACAUGUCAGGAGUGUGGGAAAACCUUUUCUCAGUACUCACACCUCGCUGGCCACAGGAAGAUUCAUACCGGAGAAAAGCCAUAUUCAUGUCAGGAGUGUGGGAAGACCUUUAGUCACUCCUCCAACGUUAAAAAACACAUGAAUAUUCAUACUGGAGAGAAGCCUUUUUCCUGUCAAGAGUGUGGGAAGGCCUUCGCUCAGUCCUCAAACCUUUCUGUGCACAUGAAUAUUCAUACCAGAAAGAAGCCUUAUUCAUGUCAGGAAUGUGGGAAGAUCUUUAGUCAUUCCUCAAAUGUUAAAAAGCACAUGCAUAUUCAUACGGGAGAGAAGUCUUAUUCAUGUCAGUAAUGUGAGAAUUUAGCAUACUCAG